AUGGCUUUUGAAUUAUCCUACCCUUUAUUCUUUCUGCUUCUUCUUUUACAGUUGCCAUUUUCCACCACAGCUAAAGCUCACAAAAAUAUCUCCCUCGGCUCGUCACUUAAUGCACUGAACAAAGACUCUUUCUGGACCUCACCAACUGAGGAAUUUGCUUUUGGUUUCCAGGAAAUUGGUAAACAUAGCUUCUUACUUGCCAUCUGGUUUAACAAAAUACCUGAAAGAACUAUUGUCUGGUCAGCCAAUGGCAAUAAUCUAGUGCCAAAAGGAUCCAGAGUUGAGCUCACUGAAGAUGGCCAGUUUAGGCUCAUUGAGUUUAGAACAGGCAAGCAAAUAUGGUAUGCUGAUUUUACUGGUGUUGUCUAUGCAGCCCUGCUUGACACCGAAAAUUUUGUGAUGGCUAACCGAAACUCAAUCAGUUUGUGGGAGAGUUUUGAUCAACCAACUGAUACAAUCUUACCUACACAGACUUUAAAUCAAGGAAACAUACUCUUUUCUCGAUAUACAGAAACAAAUUACUCAAGAGGGAGAUUCCAGCUCACACUACAAGAUGAUGGAAAUGUCAUCUUCAACCAUGAUGACUCUGUUUACAUUGAAUCCGAGGAUGGGGUAAUACUUAGGACAAUAUUAUCCAAUACAUUUUCAAUGCAAGACUUCUACCAGAGAGCAACUCUUGAGUAUAAUGGAGUUCUUAGGUACUACUAUGUCUACCCUAAAAGAACUAGCUCAAAUAUGAGGUCGCCCAGGGCCUGGUCUACUUCUUCAUAUAUACCUUCAAAUAUCUGCGCCUCAAUUUCGGAAGAGACAGGAAGCGGUGCAUGUGGGUUCAACAGCUUAUGUAGACAGGAUGAUCAAGGACCAAGUUGUCACUGCCCCAAUGGUUACAGCUUUAUUGAUCCAAAUGAUGUUCUGAAAGGAUGCAAACAGGAUUUUGUUUCACGAAGUUGUGAUAAAACGUCACAAGAAACGGAUCAUUUUCAUUUUGAAGCUAUGCAAAACACGGAUUGGCCUAAUUCUGACUAUGACCAUUUUCAGGAGGUAUCUGAGGAUUGGUGCAGGCAGGAAUGCCUUGGUGAUUGCUUUUGCGCCGUUGCCAUUUUCAAAACCAGUGAGUGUUGGAAGAAGAGAGUUCCGCUUUCGAACGGGUUGAUUGACCUCAGUCUUGGUACAAAAGCUCUGAUGAAAAUGAGGAAAGACAAUUCUACUUUAAAAUAA